AUGGCGUCAAUCGACGACUGCCCCUAUCUUAAGGUCUCCGAGGAAGUGCAGCAGGCCAUUCACGAGAAUAGGCCUGUCGUGGCACUCGAGAGCACAAUCUAUACACAUGGUUUCCCAUAUCCUGACAACAUUGCACUGGCAUCUCAUCUGGAAAGUAUCGUCAGAGCUGGCGGUGGUGUUCCUGCUACCAUUGGCAUCCUGGACGGUGUAGCUCGCGUAGGCUUGGACGCUGAAGAAGUCAUUCGACUUGCCGGUGCUGCGGGUAAGCCUGACACUCUCAAGAUCUCCCGACGUGACCUCGGUUUUGCUUGCGGCAUGGGCUCUCCGGGACGUCGUUACAAUGGUGGCACGACUGUUGCAGGCACUAUGAUCCUGGCUCAUCUGGCUGGAAUUCAGGUCUUCGCGACCGGAGGUCUCGGUGGAGUCCACAGAGGCGCUGAGAGCACAAUGGACAUCUCUGCUGAUUUGACUGAGCUUGGCCGUACUCCAGUCGCUGUUGUGAGUAGCGGCUGCAAGAGCUUCCUCGACAUUGGCAGAACUCUGGAAUAUCUCGAGACUCAAGGCGUGCCUGUCGCCACCUUUGCUGACGGCCGCACGGGAAACAUCGACUUCCCUGCUUUCUGGACACGAGAGAGUGGUCUCAAGAGUCCCAUGGUCCUGGAAGAUGAGGCAACUGCCGCUGCAGUCAUUCAUGCGCACAAGUCAUUAGGCUUACAAUCUGGACUUUUGUUCGCCAAUCCCAUCCCUGAGGCAUUCAGUAUUGCCAAAGCCGAGAUGGAUAAGGUGAUCGACAAAGCUCUUCAAGAGGCAGCGCAGGCUGGUGCUACUGGAGCUGCCAAUACACCAUUUAUUCUUGCCAAGAUCAAGGACUUGACGGGCAAGAAUAGUGUCAAAUCAAACAAGGCCUUGAUCGAGAACAAUGUCAGGAGAGGCACCACCGUGGCGGCUGAGCUCAUGAAGCUUCAGACCGGGAUCAACCAUGGUCAGGCUUCGUUCCAGCCAGCACCUCAAUAUCAACAGAUAGGCAGAUCAGGAUCAACAAAGCAUGCUACAUCUGGUACACCCGAAACUAUCUCCAGUCCUGUCAAGCAGAAUACUGUUACCUCCCCAUCUGUCUUUGUGGCUGGAGCGCUUGCUGUAGACUUCUCGUGUGACUACGCUCCGAUAUCUACUACUGCGAACAAAGAGCCCGUGCUUCAUACAUCAAACCCAGCGAAGAUCAUUCAGUCACUAGGUGGUGUAGCUCAUAACGUUGCACGAGCGGCGAAUCUUGUGGGCGACCCAGUACGCUUAUGCAGUUCGGUCGGCGAUGACCUUUCGGGUAGAGCUGCUCUGGAUGCCCUUGCGACAGAAGGUCUGGAGAUUACUGGUAUCAAGACACGCAUAGGGAGCAGUACGGCUCAGUAUGUCGCCAUCAAUAAUGCCAGUAAGGACCUGGUCAUCGCUAUGGCCGACAUGGACAUUCUGGACGAACCUGCAGCACAACCUGGGCAACCAUCGACUUCCACUACUACUUCCAGCGACACACUCAAUGAUCUCUGGUUACCCCAACUACAGCAAAGCAAGCCAACACAUCUUGUUCUGGACGCAAACUGGCAGUCACCGGCCUUAGCUCGCUGGCUCGAUGCUGCAAAGUCCAUCUCUGCUCAAGUUGCCUUUGAGCCAGUGAGCACGGCAAAGGCGCCCAGAAUUUUCCAGUUGCCACGUCAGACACCUCUCAGAACUUUCCCUGAGGCAUCGGUUCAUCUUUCUACUCCAAACUCUCUCGAGCUCUCUGCCAUGUAUGAAGCAGCCCGCUCGCUCGGCUUCUUCGAUCGUCAAGAUUGGUGGGCAGUUAUCGAUGCUUUGGGUAUUCCUUCUACAGGUGCUAGAGUAGCGAUGACCAUUGCAACAAACUCUACUCUCGUGGAUGCUGGUAUCCCUCAACAGACCAUUCAAUUGUUGCCGUUCAUCCCCACGAUUUGCGUCAAGCUUGAAGCUGAUGGUGUGCUUGUCACUCAAAUUCUACCUGCCGGCGACUCGCGCCUACAAGAUCCUGCAUCGUCGCCGUACAUCCUUAGCCGCUGCUUCAAUCUACCGGAGGAGUCGUCUGGUGUAGGUGGUGUAUAUAUGCGCCUGUUCCCUGCUGCUGAGAAGGUGGAUGGGAAGGAUAUCGUUAGUGUCAAUGGUGUUGGCGAUACUUUCUUGGGCACGAUCGUUGCUGGUCUUGCCAAAAGAGGGAAGGAUGCAAAGAUCGAGGAAUUGAUUGACGUUGCGCAGAGGGCUGCUGUGUUGACAUUGAAGAACAAGGAGGCUGUGAGUCCUGAGCUCGCGAGUCUAAGGUCGAUGCUGUGA